CUUUUCUGUGAGUUUCCCUUUCUGUGUAAAGGGGCAGGUUGAUGACGGGGUAUAAAUCACAGUGGGGCUCUGGAGGGGUCAGCCAACUGUUUCUUCAGGAAGAAGAGUGAAGCACCAGCUCAGUUGCUGGUCCUGAGACUCUGCUUCAAGGUGAGCAAGAGCCCCUUCACUUGAAGUCCUCCCCGUGAUGCUGUUGCUGCUGCUGCAGGUCUUGGCGAGCUGCUUCUGCCUGGGACACAGUGAGGUGGUGAAGUCCUUUGAAAGCUCAUGCCCUCAGUUCUUCUUCCAGAAAACCCCCCCAAAUGAAGCCCUGGAACCAGAGAACCCAGCCUGGAUCUGCCAGCGUUACAAGAACCAGUAUUAUUUUGCCACCCUGUAUGACAGGAGCAGGCGUAUUCCCGUAUACUCUGCUUACCUCUACCAGCCAGCAGCUGGCAAGAGACCCAACACAUGGCUGGUUGAGCCGCAGCUGAUUGGCCCAGCUUAUCCCAAAACUAUGGAAAGAGAGCGGACCCUCUUGAAUGACUUCAACAUCAGCUUAGAGGAGAUCGGCAAGCACCAGGCUGUCCUCCAGGACUACAAGAACCUGACUGGUUUGAACCGGGGCCAUUUGAACCCCAACAGCCACCACUCUGACUCCAACAGCAGGACAGCAACCUUCACCCUCACCAACAUCGUGCCCCAGAACGAGAAGCUCAACGGUGGUGCCUGGAACAACUACGAGCAGCAGACGAUGAUCAGGAACACCCAGGGCUGUAACAACACCUAUGUUGUCGUCGGUGCUGUGCCUGGGAACAACUACAUUUCCAAGGGGAGGGUGAAUAAACCCAGCUACAUCUGGGCAAGUGCCUGCUGUGAGGUGAACACCAAGCAUAGGAAGACUUGGGCUGUCAUUGCUGAGAAUGAUAGGAAUGAGGUGCAGCUCCUCACACUGGAGGAGCUGGAGGAUACGUUGACCCAGCUUUAUGGGAGAAGCCGGGUUUCUCUGUUUGACAGUGGCUGUCCCCGGAAAUAAGCCCCACUACACAUCCCAAGGCUUACAGGCAUUGUCCACAUGCCCUGUGCAGCAUCCAUCCUGCUUCCUUCUCCAGUGGUUUUCCAGCUCUUAUAAAGGAGUACUUGCCCUGGCCACUCUGGAGGGGCAGGCUGGACAACAGCCAUGGGCAAGGAGAUCAGAGUUCUCACUGACCCUAGAAGAGCUUUGUUUGGGCUAUUUUCCCCUUUAUCUCCAUGCCCAUACACAGCUAAUUGUUCAUUCCUCUCCUUAUUAGAUAUCACAGGUAGCGUGCUGCUGACUUGUCCCUCAUCCCCUUAGGAAAGGUAUGGGACUAGGACAGCCCAGGUUGCCCAGAGAGGUUGUAGAUUCUUCAUUGCUGGAGAUACUCAAAACCCAAAUAGACAUGGUCCUGUUUGAGCAGGGGUCUGGAUGAGAGGAUCUCAAGAGGUCCAUCCCAACCUAAUGAUUUAGUGUGAGGUGUCCCUGCCAAUGGCAGGGGGUUGGAACUGGAUGAUCUUAAGGUCCUUUCCAACCCAAACCAUUCCAUGAUUCUGUGAUUCAUCUUUAGACAAGGAAAGCAAUGAGCCCGAGGAUUGCUGAAAGUCUGUAAGGAUGAUUCUACAAAUGCAUUCUGACCAAUAAAGCAAUGACAACAGCAAAGGAUAAAGGGAGAGAAGGUGAAGAAGUAACACAACUAAGCACAGGAGCAGCAUUUCUCGAGGUCUGUAAAUAAAUAAAACAUGGAGAAAGAAGGAAAUAAGCUACAUCUAAUCACUGGGCUCUCUAACCCUGAGCUUACACAGACACUGUGUUUAUGUAUAUCUAUAUGCUAGCUGGUUGUUGUUGGCUUGCUUUUGAAGCCUGCACCUUGAGAGCAGGAGCUGAGGUUAUCAGCCAGCCAGGCUCAGGGAUCAGAUGUACAGCAAGCUUUGACCAGUCAAAGAUACGUUUCUGUGCCACACUGGUUGGAUUAUUUUCUUCUCUGCACUCAUUCUGAACCUUUCCUGCAUAUUUAUGUGUAACUCACUUUGUUAAAUGCAUUCAAUGGGUGUAAGGUCAAUGUGUGCCAUGUAAUUUAGUUCCGGAGUAGUUUACAGCAUGAAGUAUUUGCUCCAUUGCUGCACUGUAAGGUCACCUUAUAUAUAAACUGUAA